AGUCUAUGUUUUUUUUUCCCGAAGGGGAAGUCCGGCUGCCACGCACAGUUUUUCUCGUGCCGCAAAUUUAGCUCAAUUCUCGUGAAAAAGUUGAUAUUUUGUGAAUAAAUUAGUGCAGGAUGUCUCUGAAAUUAACCUGCAACAAGAAUAAUCCACCAAUCGGUGCUUUGGCUGCAGGAGAGUACGCGAAGAAUGUGCAGAAGCUCGAGGUGGAAUGGAAAGUUCUGCCAGCUGAUUCUCCGGAAGGUGGAAAUGUUGGGAAGAAUGAUUUGCUGAGGAAAGUGGCCAGAAGUGUCCCGGAUUUGGGGCUUUAUGAUGAAAAUGAUCCCAUUACAGCCACUCAGAUUGAUCACUGGCUAUCGUUUAGCUUGACAUUUGGCCAGAAAACUAAAGCCAAAGUUGAUUUUCUGAACAAAUCCUUAGCUCCUGUCACGUAUUUGGUCAGCAAUCGGCUGACCAUUGCGGAUUUGGCUGUUUUCAAUGCCAUCUUCGACCAUUUGGACAAAUUGAAGGCUGCAGGGGGACUUCCACAAAAUGUCCAGAGAUGGUAUGACUUAAUAGUGUCCCAGGAAUGUGUUCAGUCCGUCGUGGCUUCCUUGCCGAAGAAAGAGGAAGCUCCGGCGGUCAGCCAAGAGAAAUUCGGUGAUAGAAAGCAGGAAGGGAGGUUUGUGGAACUACCAGGAGCUGAAAUGGGCAAGGUCGUUGUGAGAUUUCCUCCAGAGGCUUCCGGAUACCUUCAUAUUGGCCAUGCCAAGGCAGCCCUGCUCAAUCAGUACUACCAGGAAGCUUUCCAGGGGAAGCUCAUUAUGAGAUUCGACGAUACGAAUCCCGCCAAGGAAAAUGUCCACUUUGAGCAAGUGAUCCUGGAGGAUCUCAAAAUGCUGCAGAUCAAGCCGGAUCUCUUCACGCAUACCUCGCAGUACUUUGACCUGAUGCUAGAGUACUGCGAGAAGCUGAUGAAGGACGGCAAGGCCUAUGUGGAUGACACUGAGCCGGAACAGAUGAAGAAGGAGCGCGAGCAGAAGACAGAAUCUGCCAACAGGAAUAAUUCGGUGGAAAAGAAUUUUGCCAUGUGGCAGGAAAUGCUGAAGGGAAGCGCAGAAGGGCAGAAAUGCUGCGUCCGGGCGAAGAUGGACAUGAACUCACCCAAUGGCUGUCUGAGGGAUCCAACGAUUUAUCGCUGCAAGAAUGAACCUCAUCCGCGAACGGGAACUAAAUACAAGGUUUACCCGACGUACGAUUUCGCUUGUCCAAUUGUCGAUGCAAUUGAAGGAGUCACUCACACGUUGAGGACAAUGGAGUACCAUGACCGAGAUGACCAAUUCUAUUGGUUCAUCGAAGCUCUUGGGCUACGGAAGCCUCUGAUUUGGGAGUACAGCCGAUUGAAUAUGACUAGCACGGUUCUGUCCAAGCGGAAGUUGACUUGGUUUGUGGAUCAGGGCCUUGUGGAUGGAUGGGAUGAUCCGAGAUUCCCAACAGUUCGGGGAAUCCUUCGGAGAGGAAUGACAGUUGAAGGUCUGAAGCAGUUCAUCAUUGCCCAAGGAUCCAGUAAAUCUGUGGUGUUCAUGGAAUGGGACAAAAUUUGGGCAUUCAACAAGAAAGUCAUUGAUCCCAUUGCUCCGAGGUAUACAGCCCUGGACAAGGCCAAUACUGUCGUGGUGAAUGUCGAGGGUGCCAAGAAGGAGGUCCUGGAAGUUCCAGCUCAUCCCAAAAAUGAAGCUGUUGGCAUGAAAAAAGUUGAUCUUGGACCAGAAAUUCUCAUUGAUGCCGUCGAUGCUGAGACUCUGAAAGAGGGAGAAAAUGCCACAUUUAUCAAUUGGGGCAAUUUCCUGAUCCGGAAGAUCAACAGGACGAAUGGGAAAAUCACCUCAGUCGACGCCAGUCUCAAUUUGGACAACAAAGAUUACAAGAAAACUGUCAAAUUAACUUGGUUGGCUAAACUUCCGGACUCUGAGUAUCCUCCGACUUUCUGUGUCUACUUCGAUCAUAUCAUCAGCAAACCGGUCCUGAACAAGGAUGAGGACUUCAAGGGCUUCAUUGGGAGGAAGACGAGGACAGAGGCUGAAAUGUUGGGAGAUCCGGAAUUGAAGAAAGCCAAACAGGGCGAUAUUAUUCAGUUGCAGCGAAGGGGAUUCUUCCGGGUGGAUGUUGCCUACAAGCCAAAGAGUGAAUUCUCGAAUGUGGAGACUCCGGUCAUCCUCUUUGCCAUUCCCGAUGGACAUUCGAAGGAAAUGCCAACGGCAGGGCCGCCAAAGAAGCAAGAGCCGACGCAGCAAACUGCCAGCAAUGCCACGUUGGACGCUUCUGAGUUGGACGCGAAGAUCACUGAGCAGGGCAACAAAGUUCGCGAUUUGAAGUCAGCUAAAGCGCCAAAGGCUGAAAUUGAUGCAGCUGUGAAGAUUCUCCUGGACCUCAAGGCUAAAUACAAAGCUGCCAGUGGGAAAGAUUGGAAACCUGGAAGUACUCCUGCUGCUUCUGCUGCUCCUGCUGCUCCUGCUGCUCCAGUUCCUGCUGCAGAGUCCUCAGUGUCAGUGAAAGUCAGUGCAGUGGAAUUGAAUGAUCAGAUUGUGAAACAGGGUGAUAGUGUGAGGAAUCUUAAAGCCAACAAAGCCAGCAAAGCUGAUAUUGAUGCAGCUGUGAAGGUUCUCCUGAGUCUCAAGGGGCAGUACAAGUCAGUGAGUGGUCAAGAGUGGAAGCCCGGGUGUGUUCCACCUGCUGAAGCUCCAGCCACAAGUGAAGUGAAUGUGAAUGUGAUUAGUGAGAAAAUUGUUGCCCAGGGAAAUCUUGUGAGGAACCUAAAAGGUCAGAAGGCACCAAAGGGUGAUAUUGACGAAGCUGUUAAGGUUCUACUGAGCCUUAAGGCUGAGUACAAGAAGGUAAGUGGAAGUGAAUGGAAGCCACCGGUUCAGGCAAGUGAGGAGAAGGUGAAAAGUAGUGAGGAGAAGAUGAAGAGUCCCAGUGAGAUCAAUCAAGAGAUUGUGAAGCAGGGAGAUUUAGUGAGGAAAUUGAAGAGUGAUAAAGCAGAAAAGGCUGCAAUUGAUGGUGCAGUGAAGAUCCUCCUGGCCCUCAAGGCUGACUAUAAAAGUGCCACAGGGCAGGAAUGGAAACCAGGUUGUGUGGUUCCGGAAAUUCCUGCGGAGAAGGCAGGAGGAUCGGGAGAGAGUUCUGAUAAAGAUAAACUUGCUGCAGAGAUUGCAGCUGCGGGGGAUGUUGUGAGGAAUCUCAAGGCAUCAAAGGCUCCCAAGGAGGAGAUUGAUGCCAAAGUGAAGAUUCUCUUGGAUCUAAAGGGUGAGUACAAGAAACUGACUGGGAUGGAUUUCCCAUCAGUGGCUCCUCCGAGAGGAGGUUCAGGAAAACCCAAAGAUAGUCCCAAGAAAGUGGCUGAGAAGCCACCAAAGAAAGAUUCAAAAGAAUCAACUCCUGAUGAAGGAUCAGGGCCCAAGAAGAUCACGAGACUGGGAUUGGAGGCCAAAAAGGAAGAGAACCUUCCAGAAUGGUAUUCCCAGGUAAUCACGAAGGGCGAGUUGAUUGAAUACUAUGACGUUUCGGGAUGUUACAUCCUAAGGCAUUGGUCUUUUGCCGUGUGGAAGGCUAUAAAGACGUGGUUUGAUGCCGAGAUCACAAAGAUGGGAGUCAAAGAGUGCUACUUCCCGAUUUUCGUCUCCCGUUCCGUGCUGGAAAAGGAGAAGACGCAUAUUGCGGACUUUGCGCCUGAGGUGGCGUGGGUGACGAAAUCGGGCGAAUCUGAUCUGGCUGAGCCAAUAGCGGUACGUCCAACGUCUGAGACAGUGAUGUACCCGGCCUAUGCCAAGUGGAUUCAGUCCCACAGGGACUUACCUCUGAGACUCAAUCAGUGGAACAAUGUGGUGAGGUGGGAAUUCAAGCAUCCUCAACCCUUCCUCCGAACACGCGAAUUUCUCUGGCAAGAAGGCCAUACGGCUUUCCAGACGUUCAAGGAAGCCUCCGAUGAGGUGUACCAGAUCCUAGAUCUCUAUGCUGCUGUCUAUACAGAUCUCCUGGCCAUCCCAGUGGUCAAAGGGAGAAAGACAGAAAAAGAGAAAUUCGCAGGAGGAGACUUCACAACAACCGUCGAAGCCUACAUCUCAGCCAGUGGGAGAGCUAUCCAGGGUGCUACAAGUCAUCAUCUUGGUCAGAACUUCUCCAAGAUGUUUGAGAUUGUCUAUGAAGAUCCAGAAACCAAGGAGAAACAAUUCGUUUACCAGAACUCCUGGGGAAUUACAACCAGGACAAUUGGGGUCAUGAUUAUGGUUCAUGCCGACAACCAGGGACUUGUCCUGCCCCCGAGAGUUGCCUGCAUCCAAGCAAUCAUCGUCCCGUGCGGAGUAACGGCUGAACUCAAAGAAUCCGACAGAGUACAGCUCAUGGACAGCUGCAGUGCCCUUGAAGAGGAACUUAAGAAAGGAGGAAUAAGGGCUGAAGGCGAUUACCGUGACAAUUACUCCCCGGGAUGGAAGUUCAAUCACUGGGAGCUGAAAGGAGUCCCCAUUCGCAUUGAACUGGGUCCCAAGGACCUCAAAGCCAACCAAUUGGUGGCCGUGAGGAGGGACACCGGAGAGAAGCUCACGGUGAAGAGAGCAACAGCCGUGGCUGAUUUGGCGGCUCUUCUCGAAAAGAUUCACGAGAAUAUGUUGGCAAAGGCAACGAAGGAUCUCAAUGAUCAUAAGAAACUGACAAGGGAUUGGGGAGAAUUCGUCAAGCUGCUCGAUGCUAAGAAUAUCAUCUUGAGUCCAUUCUGUGGCGAUACCGGAUGCGAGGAUAAAAUCAAGGCAGACAGUCAGAGGGAGAAUGCAGAAUUUGUAGAACCCGGUGCUCCGUCCAUGGGUGCCAAGACACUCUGCAUACCGUUCGAACAGCCUGAAAAACUCGCAGACUCUGACAAGUGUAUUCAUCCUGAAUGCUCCAGGAAGCCCAUGGCUUUCACACUUUUCGGCCGAAGCUACUAAGAAAAAAAAAACUAUAUUUGAACUCUUGAUAAAAUUGAAGAAUGAAUUAAAGCUGCCGGAAUCAUA